CCUGAAUCUGUGGAUGAAUCAAGAUUUGAAGUUUAAAAUAUACUACUUAUGAAAACAGUGACUCAAACAGUGACCUAACAAGAUAACUACAGUAUUCUUCUGAGCAUUGUUUGCGACACUGAUACCUCGAGUGCUCUGUGAUACAUUCUAAGUGAACCCUGCAACAAGCUGAAUCCUUGCUUCAUGAACUCACAUAAUAAGUUCAAGGAGACGGAAACCGCUACUUAAAUAAUUUAUAACUCCUAAGUGAAUCAACGACUUGCCCACUUUCUUCAGGAAGCACCAGAACACCGCCAGACUCUGUGAGUGGUAUGACCGAAGAUGGCGGACGAUCAACCUACGUUUUCUAGCCUGGAGCUGGACGCUGUGUACAUCUGUUCAGGCGAUAAUUCACCUGUCACCAGUGGUCACACCUCACCCACCACACACCACCAUACACUUACACAUUCUUUCCAACACGCGCCAACAUACACCGGGCAAGAAGGACAGUAUACUGACAGUGUUGACAACACGGACACACUCACACCAGCUGACGUUUUAGGCUCAGACGCCCAGGACAUCACCGACUCGGACGUGACAGUACUCCCCACCAUGCUGGACUCACCUGAUCCUCACCUGAGAGUCACUUGUGACACAGUGAAGCUAGAACACAGACUAUAUGGGUGUGUUAGCAGUGCGCCAGAUGGAGUGGGUGAAGUGUGUUACCGUUGUCACGCCGAUGACGCAACCUCCCGCCAAGGUUUCUCAACACCCUCCAGUAUUAGUAACGCCCUUACGGAGUUUCACUCGAAGGGAGAGCCAGUGACGCCACCGGUGCCAGUGGAGCCUUGUGCUGAAUGUCGUGACGCCUUUCCUCUUGAGUUGCACCCACCCUGUGGAACGUGUACCACGGAACACCGGCCUAACACACCGCUCAGUUCACCAAAGCAGACACUGGAGAUAACAUCUCCUUCGUGCGCUGAAGAUUUUGGGCCAGGUACACCGAGCUCACCAGAGACGGUUCAUCAAGGUGAGAUACAGCAGCCGUCGCCUUACCACAGUUUCAGUGAUGACGGAUGCUUCACCCCCCUGAAUCAAAGUUGUGAUACUCCUGCGCUUAAUGCCGAUGUGUUGUCAAAGCCAACCACUCUAUCUUUAACUGAGUAUAACCCGGGUCAUCGUCCUCCUCUUUUGAGAGCAAGACCCAUGGUGGGAGACAAGAGCCCAGUCCACCCUUCACUCCAGGAAGUAUUAGUUGCAGGAGUCAAGCCCCAGGCUAGCUCUGCUACCUCACGUCUUCAGCCACAACAAACCAGAGCCACCUCGACACCACCAGUUCAAAUAGGUAACGAGAUUAGUGGCCACGUCACAGGUACUCUCCAGGAUAACUCAGAUGCUGAGAAGGACACAUGUUUGUCCCUUCCAGCUAAGAGGGUGAGGAGGAAGGCAUAUACAACAUCCUUCGGUGUUGAGAAGUCCCUCCCAGAAAUUUUAGAAGAUCCUGUGAUAUUGCGUUCUUUGGACGAAAGUCUCUGUGAUGAAGAUAAAUAUUACCGACAAACAGUUAUGAAGGUGGCGGUGAGAGAGGUUGUUGACCCCGUGCGGAACUCCUGGAACGACGGCGAGCUGAUUGACGUAAACAUGAAGAUCCUUAAUGACCAAAGACAAGUACCUAACAAGGCCUCCUAUGAUGCCUCACCCAAGGACACACAUCUGCAGUCUGAGUCAUACGACACUGCUGGUAUGACAGUCGUAAACAUUGUCCAUGACGGAGAAAGUGACGGUUUGGUGGGUGUUGAAAGUGGAUUCACCUGUGACGACCAACAGAGCGAUAGAAGUGGUAAAUUAAAAAGUGUGAUAUUUUAUGUAGAGGAAGAGGAAGUUGGUAAAAUCCAAACAAAGAAAGUGAUAAAUGAAACGAAAGAAUCUAUGAAUAAAGUUGGAGGACAAGAGAAUCUAGGUUUUAUAGCCGACGAGCCGGACACAGUAAGUCAGGGAGGACCAGAAGACCAGUUGUCCCCAGAGUCUCCCAGAAGAAGCUCUGAUCCAGAGUGUUUAUCUGUUGUCAAAAAUGAGAUUUUUCGGUCUGGUAGCUGUGGUACAGAGCUCGACCAAGUUCUGAAUAAUCUCAAUGGGGAUCAUACAAGUCCUGUCACUCCUCCAACUCUCAGAAAGCGCAGCACUUCAAAAGGGCGACCUGAAUACUCUCCGUCGGACUCUGAGGGCACCGAGAAACAAGAGGAAACGUCUUUUUCAUCCAAGGAAGAAUCUAAGAAGGAGAAGAAGCAAACAUCUUUGAGGCCAACUUUUUACGUUGGUAAUGAAGACAAUACUCCGGGCAUCUUACAGAAACUAAUAAGUAAUCCAUUCAUAAAACUUGCCCGCAGCGAGUCCACUAAGUCGACCAGGUCAAACAUGGCUCCCCCAUUGCCCAGGGAGCAGGUCUUGUCCCGAAGCAUCAGUAACAUUUAUGAGGUUGGCACUAGGGCGCGCGGCUCUGGUUCCUCCGGGCAUCAUACCAGGCCCCCCCAGGCACCCUCCAGCAUGUUCAGGGAUGAUCACCGCCACUUGGGUAAAAGUUACAUCCUUCAGAAGCCCCUGUACCGCAACAGCCGCCGCAACGUCCAGCAGAAGCUCCACCGACAACUUAGCGAACCACGCUACGACGACUCCAGGUAUAGUGAUUACUACAGAGACGACUACUACCACAAAAAACACGACACUUAUUCAGACCAUCACCACGGUCACUCACGACAUGGCCCCCACGGCCACUCAAAACACGGCCACCAUGAUCAUUCAGACCACCAUAGUCACUCUGGACGCUCAAAACACAGCCACCAUGAUCAUUCAGAACCCCAUAGUCACUCAGGUCCUACAAAACACAGUCCCCACGACCACCCAAACCAUCAUAACUGUAUAAGACACGACCCCACUGACCCACACCGUUCCCCUCACCACCACCGUAGCUUGUCUCAACGUAGCGCUCCUAGACCCAAACACGAGCCACUCAGACGCCUCAACACAUACGCCCACGAGGAGUACCAUAAGUAUGUCACGGAACACGAACACAGAUGUGACCAAGACCAUACAUUUGAACACGAGCAGGGGCAUGAUAGCGGGUAUCAGCGAAACCAGGAAGGCGCACCGGUCAGGAAGGUGUCGCACUACAGGCAGGAAGAAAAGGGACGCACUGAUGUGGAAAGAGUGUCAACCGUGGGUGGCAAGGAGAAGGCAGGUUGGGUCUUGGGCAGGACGAGCAACAGUCCGGCCUCAGGUGGUGCCAUGGAGAGUGCCCAGCAGCUUACCAAAGUUACCGAGGUCACCAUCUGUCCCAAGAGAUUACCUGGGGUGCGAGCCGUGAGGUACUAUGAUGUCCCUGUACCCGGCCGUCCUACACAGCGGCCCACAGUACGUACACACCCAUGGGUGGGUGUGCACGGGGGCCAGUCGAGCGACGGACCUGCAGGUAACAAUAUCCCAGGCUCUCCCACCACCCCGCACAUCGUCGUCUCCACCGAAGACGAGACGAACGACGUCCCCACCAACAAUGAGAACCCUGGAGCUGACGACUCUCCCGUGAGUACUGUUCUGAUUACACUUAACACACUACCCCCGUGAGUACUGUUAUUGUUA